AUGGAAGCUGAUAAGACUCAAUCAGGCCAAGGAGUUUGUGAAAAGAUUUUCAAAUUAGCAGUGAAUAUAAGUCCAACUUAUCGAUCAUUUCACCGCAUUUCUACUACUACCAAGCCAAAAAUAGAUCAUCACAUGAGGAAGUAUACUGCUAAACCAAUUUUAGUUAAUUAUAUUAUGUCUGAACAUGUCCUUGUAGAAUAUAAUCACAUUGCAGGAGAUGAUAGCGCAACGCACAAGUUUAAUAAGGCGGCUGAAUCUAUGAAAGGUGUGAACAAGUCCUCUAUAAAGAACAAGAUCACUAUAGUGCAUCAUCAUGAGAUAAAUGAAGGUCCUAAAGAUCAUAAUGACAGGUUUUCUAAUUAUAUUGAUCAUGUCAAAAACAAGAUGAGAAGUAUUUCUAGUUUUGAUGAUGAUAAAGUCACUCACUGUUCCAAGUUCAAGAUUAAUUAGAACUACACACAACUUGCCUGCUGAUGGGGAACAAUU